UCCAUCGGGGCCGUAUUGUACUGUCUCACAUGAAGACGGCUGGGAGACCAGAUCCAAGACCGCGAGGCAAUGAUGACGACGACAUUGCAGACGAAUAGCACAGCAACAAGUUGCAUGUGCAUGCAUGCCUCACACUGACUUGCUACAGCAUGACAAUAUUUUGAGAUAUAAGUGAUGCCUUCCGAAGGCUUAAAGAUCAGAGAUAUUUCACCCGCGAUCACGACGUUCACAACACCCUUCAAUCGCUUCGCACCUCUAGGCCGCUCCCUUCCGACCUUCGUAGCAGUCGGCAACCGCGCCAGUGCGAUCCGACUCCAAGAUGGACGCGUCCUCCUGCUAAAUCCUAUCAAGCUCGAGCCUAGUAUACAACACAAGCUAGAAGAGUUAGGCGGCGUACAUUUGCUAGCAUGCGACCUUGGUCACCACAUGUACGUUGCAGAUUACCUCAAGAUAUGGCCAAACGCGAAGACCAUAGGCGUCCCAGGCCUCGCUGGCAAGAGGAAGGACGUAGACUGGGAUUUCAUAUACUCGGAGAGAAAUCAGAAAGUUGAAGACGUGUUGGGCUUCGCAGAAGAUAUGGAGACCGUUCUCUUCGAAGGUUUCACCACGUACUGCAUCGCUUGGUUCCACAAGCCGACCAAGACAUUGUUCCAAUCAGAUCUUCUCAUGAACUUGCCAUGCUACGAGCAAUAUGACACGAGUUCUGCUUCGAAAGGACCUGGAUCGUGGGCUUUUGCUCAAGUGGCGCAUGCGAGAUCGAACUGGUUCAGGAGAUUGAUUUGGUACAUUGCGACUGUAGACUAUUUGCUUAUGAGGAGGGAUGCGAAACUGGUCGCUGAGUGGAAUUUUGAGCGCAUUGUUCCCUGUCACGGUGAUGUUCUGGAUGAGCGAGGGACUGAUGCAUGGAAGGAGGCCUACAAGUGGUUCCUUCAGGGUGACUCACGGCCUGGUGUAUAUCGGUCGCUUGUGGAUCGCUUGCAGUUCAUGAAGCUGAUACGAUGGAUCUUCCUCAUGUGAGGAGCGGCAUUUUCGCGAUGCACUUUCCUGUGACCUGAUGGCGACUAGGAGUGGAAGGCGCCAGGCGAGUCCAAUCCAC